AUGCGUGUGUACGUUUUCGUUGCCGUCUUCGUACGUGGAGUCAGCUUUUGCUUUGCAGUCAGAUUGGGAGAAACAAAUUGUACCGGUUUAGACACGAAUGAUCGUGAUCCACUUUGCACGCCAGCGCACAAGGCUUACACAAUCCCCAAUAGAGCGCUAAGAAAUUAUGUCGCACUUGUGGAGAAUGAGGCUCAUGUUGAUGACAAAGAGAAGGAAGCAAGAAUGCAAAAUGUGGAACCGCUUGAAGCUUUAAUGAAGACACAUCUAUCUGAUGAUACGAUGAAAGAGAUGCAAGAGAUCUUGAACAACGCUCCUACCAUUCAUACGGCUAAUUUGGAUGAAAACAAAAUUGUCAGCAGAAGCUAUGAUCCGCGUGGCAUGCUCCAAAUUAUGUUUGCAAAGAAAAAAGAACCAAGUACCUACAAGAUCAUAGAGAAAUGGCUUAAGCAAGUUGUACACCACCCGAACUUCAAUCAUGAACAUGAUACGAUUUAUGAAGAAUUGCUUCUUGGCUUGGAAAAAGUCAUGCAAUCACCGAAUGCAGAAGCACUGAUGUCCGAAGUGAUAACUGUGUUAGAAACUUUUCGAGUCCAGCCAGAAUUCAAUCCCUUCGCAGAGAAUUUCGAGCGACUCAUUAUCUCGAAACCAGAAUGUCUGGUCAAAAAACAAUCCCCGCAAUCGGCGUUAAGUGAGGUAAAUGAUUUUCAACAAGCUGGUUCAGACGAAGAUGAGCUGUUAUCGUCACUCUCUUACAUCAUUCGAGCUGGUAACCCAGUUGAAAUCAAUGAAAACAUCUCGAAGUCUUUUUUGAAAAAGCUAUGUAUUCAGAACCGACAAAGUGAUCAACGAUUGUACUACGUGCUGUAUAAAGUAAGAGAAGCAUCAAGGGUAGUGGUUGGCAAUUUGUGUAUCGGCAACGUGACGUGUCUUUUCAAUGAUAAAUAUCAAGUGAUUUUUUCCAUUGCCAUAUAG